AUUAAACUAUAAGGAUUACGAAACCCUCCAACUAAAAAAAAAUUUCAACAAAAAUUUUAUCAAUCAGGAUCAAAAUUGCUAACGGAUUACAAAAAUUUACCUCAAAAUUCAUUCAUUUUGGGUUACACAGACAAAAUAAGAAAAUGCGCGCGUGGCUUUUGGUCCUCGCGGUGCUGGCAACAUUUCACAAAGUAACAGAAGUUGCUAGCACCGAACAAGUGUCGUCGUCAUCAUCACACCAAACAACAAAAAGCGAACAUCUCACAGAUUCCUAUUCAUCAUCCAUAACAUCCACAGCAGCGUCACUAGAUAGAAGUAGAAGAAAUACAUUUAUAAUUGAUAGCAGCAUUAGUAGUAAUAGUAAUAAUAAUAUAAAUAGAGAUAGUAGUGAUAUAAUAACAAAUAAUAGCCACACAACAAAUAAUGAUAGUAAUACUAGAAUAAUAAGUGAACAAAAGUCCACAACUAGUGAACACAACCAAUCAACACGAGAAUCUACUACAACAAACACGCCGACGACGACAACGACAAAUAAUAGUGAAAAUAGUGUAAAUAGUAACUUAAAAAGUAAUAAUAAUAAUAAUAAUGAAGAAGAAAACGACGAUGAUAACGAAGUAGAUAUCGAUGACUACGAAGAAAUGGAAGCCGACGACGAAGAAGAAGAAGAAGACACAGAAACAGAGCAACGACAAAGGCCAAGUGCUGAGCAACUAGUCGAAAUUGAAAAGAAUCUCCUGUCAUUGUUCGGGUUCAGUAAGCGACCAAAAAUUGAUAGAUCCAAAAUUGUGAUUCCCGAUGCCAUGCGACAACUAUACCAACAAAUUACCGGGCACAAUUUAGAUGCUGAAUUAAAUUUACCAAAGCGUGGAGCGAAUGGCGAUCUUCAUCUCAAAAAUGCAAACACCGUGAGGAGCUUUACACACGAAGAAAGUGAAAUAGACAAUCGAUUCAAGAAUCAUCAUCGAUUUCGUUUGUAUUUCAACGUAUCUUCGAUCCCAAAAUCGGAUAAAUUACGCGUGGCGGAACUGACGUUGCAUCGGAAUGCCUACACAAGCGAGGCAGAUCGCGAUUUGCGACACCAAGUUCUCGUCUACGACAUUGUUCGGCCCGGCAUCCGUGGGAAACGUGAGCCCAUCUUGCUGCUCAUCAACUCCAAAUCCGUCAAAAUCAGCGGCAAUGGCACGCUGCAAAUCGACAUCACAUCCGCGGUCGAGCGAUGGCUCAAAGUCCCCAAACACAAUCACGGCAUCCUGGUGCACGUUACAUCAUCGCACGAGGAUGGCAGUUCCGUGCCCGAGCACAAACACAUCCGACUGCGACGCAGCAUCGACGACGAAACGCACGAGCAAUGGCAUCACAAGCAACCCCUCUUGAUGGCGUAUUCGGAUGAUGCGCGACACCAAAAGAGGCCGGCACGCGAUGCGACGCACGAAAAGGGCACGCAACCAAAUAGGAAUCGCCGUACGCCAGGCGGGCGACGGAGAAAACCCUCGAUGCGAAAUUCGUGUCAACGAUGGCCGUUGUACGUGGAUUUCGCGGAUGUCGGUUGGAGCGAUUGGAUUGUCGCGCCGCCCGGCUACGAGGCGUACUAUUGCGCCGGCGAAUGCCAAUUUCCGAUUGCGGAUCACUUGAAUACGACAAAUCACGCGAUCGUGCAGACGCUCGUCAACUCAAUUAGUCCUAGUUUAGUGCCAAAAGCGUGUUGCGUGCCGACGCAUCUCUCGUCCAUCUGCAUGCUGUAUCUCGACGACAGCAAUAAAGUUGUGCUAAAAAAUUAUCAGGAUAUGACAGUGGUGGGAUGCGGUUGUCGAUAGAACACGGCACUUUUUGUAUUAUAUUGAACACUUAUACAUUUUUUUUAUCGAAGAGACUUUAAAAUACUCCAAGAGAUAUUUUUUAUCAAUUUAAUUUUUUUUUUUGUAAUAAUUAAAUAUUUAACUAACAGCGCGGCGAGCACAAGCACGCCAAUUUCUUACCCAACAGUCCGGCCGGGCCGAAUUAUUUUG